UCGUCUUCAUCCCUCAUGUCAUCUCCUCACCGCGGGAAUCCCAACAAGCGGCAGAGAACAGAAGAAGCGGAGGAGAACCAUCCCGCGGACGUGGAACCCGCGACGCGCGAUGAGAAGCACUGGUAUAGCGACGGGUCGCUUGUCCUGCGAGUUGAGGGGACGCUUUUCCGCGUGCACAAGACACUUUUGGCUACGAACUCGGAGAUAUUCCGAGAUAUGCUAACCGUGCCGCAACCUCCUGUACACGACGACGUGGAUGGAUGCCCUUCGGUAACCCUUCAGGGCGACUCGGUUAAUGGCUGGCGGCAUGUCCUGGAUACGCUCUACGAUGCGUCGUUCCUCUCCGCACUGCACCUCCGCAAGCUCGGCGACACACUGCCCAUCGUCUCCGAUGUCGUUCGCAUAGCGACCAAGUACCGCUUCACAGGCCUCCGUCGCGAGUGUCUGGCCAUCCUUGGUCGCCACUUCCCCACCUCCCUUGACACCGUCCCCCAGAAUCCCCGGAAUCGACCAUCGCUCGAGCAGGCUACCGCCGUAAUCAACCUCGCGCGCGAGAUCGGCGGCCUUUCCCUUCUCCCCUUCGCCUACCUCAUCUGCAUCAAUGCUGUGGACCGUGACGACCCAUCAAUCAUCUACCGCGACCUACCUAUAUCCUUCGAAGACAAGGCGGCGGCACUGCAGGGCCUGCACACGGUCUUGAACGCCCAGGCCGAGGAAAUGUUCCCCUAUGCGUAUGAAGAUGCGGAGACGGCUACGCUAGGGUGCAGUGAACGAUGUAGUACCAAAGAAGCCUUCGAGUGCUUCGUGGAAGACUCCGGGUAUCUGCAUUUCUUUCAUGGUGAACCAUUCGACGAGUUCUGCAUCGCGCACGAAUUUCUGUGUCUUCGUUGCAGGAACCACGUUAACGAGGUGUUUGCGGGCGGGAAGUGGAGGAUUUGGAAGAGACUUCCCGAAUUUUUCUGCCUUGCGGAGAACUGGGAGGAGUUGAUUCGGCUCCAGGACCUAGAUAGCUAAUGCGAUUCAUCUCUUCAUUUGCAUCGGACCUACGAUCGAAUCCAAAGCAGUGUCCGUGCGCUCGGUAACCAUGGUACGACACGGAGGCGCUCGACCUUGUAGCGCACAAUGCCUCGGGAGCUUCGGCCUAUUGUUCCCUUUUUGGAACAAUGACGACGCCUAUCCGGGGAUAUCGGAGA